CCUUAUAUGACAGGACAGGUAAAGGGAUUAUCAACAAAAAUGAUUUACUUACUGUAAUGCGAUCACUAGGAACACAUCCGACUACCGUUGAAUUGAAUGCAUAUCUUAAACAGUAUGACAAAGGUGACGGUAAGAUCCACUUUGAUGAUUUCCUGGUAAUGAUGCAUAAGCAGCUGAAGUCAGAAGAUCCUGCCAGAGAGAUACUGGAUGCUUUCAGAAAAACAGACAGACAGAACAGAGGGUUUAUAAUGGCUAAAGAGUUCAAACAUAUUAUGAAAAGUUUUGGAGAGAAAUUAACAACUAGAGAAGUGGACGAAAUUCUCAGAGAGGCUGGAAUUCCACAAAAUGGAUUUGUUAAAUAUGAAGAAUUUGUACGGAUAUUUUUGAGACCUAUUCCAGACUCAAUCCUCCCACCUGCUUGAUGAUUAGGAAUUCAUUUUACUAUGUACAUUGACUGUGACACUGCUACAUUUGAUACAAUUCUAUUCUGGAUAAAUAUACUGUAAAAUACUUUGUUUUAGCUGGAAUUAAUUUUUACUGAAAAGACUUUUUGGGUGUUCGAUAUGGAAUUUAUUUUCACUGAUUUUUGACAGGCUGAAUGUAAAAUAUAGGAAAAAAGGUAUAUUUGCUGGAUUUUAUUUUCACUGAAUUAUUCUUUCAACGAAAAUAGCGAAAAUCAAUUCCAAGUGAAAGUAUUUUACAGUACACCCCUUUCCCUUUUAGUUUUUUAGGCGCCCCUUUGUGGUGAACACUUUAUAGGGAUUAUAAGAAAAUAAAUUCACCGUUUCACUCUAUAAUAGUCUACAGGCAAAAAUGUAAUGUUCUGUCCUAUAUGUUCUGUACAUAUUACAUUUAUCGUUCACUGCUAUGUGCAUGUUUUAUUUGACUCUUCUUGGGAACAGCUUGUUUUGAUGUAACAUGUCUUCAUCCAGGUUUUGAUACUGACUAAAACUAGCCUUGUAGUCUUCUGAACCAGUACACCAAUGUGGUUAACUUCUUGAAUACUAAACUUGAAUAAUAAUUUUAAACCAAAUUUGAAAGUACAUGAACCAAAAUUGCAGAUUAGGUCUGAACAAUGUAGACAGAGUUAAAAUGUGUUAUCUGCCUUUGUUCCAUCGCCUUCUCUCAACAGUAUUGUAGUGGUGCUCAGUGAAUGGCAAAUGAUUGUCAACAUUAUACAUACCUGUAUGUUUAAUUUGUGGUUAAAUGAUGAAAUAAAAAAAAUAAGACCAUCGAACCACCAUUGUAAACAAUCAUAUUGUUCAUCACAAAAAUAUACUUUUAUUUGACCUGCCUUGUUUCUAUGUAAAAUAAACCAGGAAAAAUGAACAAAAUUAUACAAAUUUCAGAUUAUAGGUUGUUUGUAUUUUUCCCUGAUAGUUUGUCAGCAUUAAUGGUAAACCCUAUGAUCUGUCAUUGUUAUCGUACUUCUGUAAUAUAUUCAACAAUGUAAUAUUUUGUCUUUAUCUACAUCUUCUGGCUCUUUGCUUUUAUGACGGUGUGAUGUAAUCAAGCUAUUCUUAUUAAUGAACAACGAAUCUAUUUUAUUAAUAAACUAUUUAUACCAUU